CUCCGAAAAUAAGGUCAGGUCCAAAAGUAAAUUGUGUAAUGUUUUUCUUAGAAGAAACUUCAGUACAGAACCAUGGCGAGAACUCACUCUCUUAGUCUUGCGUUCUCUGCCUCUAAAGCUUGGCCACCACCUACGUAGGCAUCAAUCCUCUCCAAUAUUCUUGCGGUACUCUGGGACACUCUCCAAUAGAAAUUAACAGUUAAUCUUUCAAUCAUCUCCAAUAGAAAUUAACAAUUAGUCUUUCAAUCCUCUCCAAUAGAAAUUAACAGUUAAUCUUUCAAUCAUAAAUUUUUAAGUUAGCAAACUCUCAUUGGCCACUUGUGAAGCGAUUUCCACUUCUGAAGAUAGGGUGUCAGCAUCCAUGGACACACCCAGUAAACAUGCAUCCAUUUUCUUGACUGAAAUAUAAGCCCUAUUUGUUUCAGAUGGAAGUGCUGGCAGAGAAACUAAUUCUGAAUGCAGGCAUGAAAUUUCCUCCAUCUUACACCUCUUAGCAGGAAAUAUCACUGAGCUUAUGCAUUGCAGGCUAUGAUCCGGUCUGUAAAUUGUUCACAGCAACACAUAUGAUUGCUCUUUCACAAAAAAGGAUCUGUCCUGCAGGGAUAAUGAUCUAGUUCCACCAGGCGGGUUCAUGAAAAUGUUCGAAAACCAGGCUGAGAAUUCUCACCUUGUUGGGAGAACCUCUCACGGUGCCCCACCGGUUGAAGAACUAGCAGCCACUCCACCAGCAAGAGGGAACCAGAAUAUGGACAAGGAACAAGGUGGUAGGAUUGAUAAGCGGAUUCUUUGGAAGCAAGAAGAAGAUUUAAGAGUGAUGAGCGCUUGGUUGAAGAACUCGGUGGAUUCUAUCGCCGGUAAUAACAAAAGGAAUGAGCAGUAUUGGGGCGAAGUCGCUAGGACUUACAACAUGACAACGCCGAGUCAUAGGCAGAGGAACAUGGAGCAAGUAAAGGAUAGAUGGCACAAGGUUAACAAGUGGACUGACUUGUUUCAUUGUGCCUGGCUGAAAGCUCGUAGAUUGAAUACAAGCGGAUGGAAUGAUCAGAUGUGGAUUGAUCAAGCCCACAAGUUUUAUGAGGAAGACAACAAAGAUUUGAAUCUAGGACAUUUUGUCCUAAUGGAUGUUUGGUAUGCUGUCAGGAUUGAGCCCAAAUGGCUCACUUACAAUGAUGGUCUCAAAAAUGCGCGCAGAAGGAAGUCAUCAGACCAAGAGGCUGAAGAGGAAAGGGAAGAAGUGGACCCUUUUGAUGUCACUGGAAAACCUAGACCAAUGGGUCAAAAAGCAGCAAAAAGGGCAGCAUAUAAACCAAAGGUGCAGUCCAUGUCUUCCUCAACAGAUGAUGCAGAUGUUAUAAUCCUCAAAGAAGCUCAAGCCAACAGACUGAAGAUACUAGAAGUGCAGCAGAAAUUAUCAGCAGAGAGGUUGGAGUCACCAAAGAUUGUCCAUCAAGCAGCAAAGGAGCACAAAGAGGCCAAACUGGCUGAGAAGGAAGCCAAGACUCUGGAGGUUAAAGCUAAAAUGAUGGAGACAUAUAACUGUCUACUUGUGAAAGAUACUGGGCUCAUGACAGAUGAGGAAAAGGUUGAUCAUGUUGGAACACUGAAGUAUUUGAAGAAGGCACUGUUUCCUGAUACUGGGCACUGUUUUCUGCUCAUGUCAGUUGACACAUGUGCAAGGGUGUCAUGCUGUUUUUACCUUCUGCUCAUGACAGUUAACAGGUUUAGCAAGGGUGUCACACUGUUUUUUCCUUGCGCUCAUGACAGUGAUGCAUUACUUUUGCAGGGAUACUUGUAGAUGACCAAAUAUUCAUCCCAGGAAACACAUACAAGACAUGAGUGGCCGAUGCAACAAGCCUUGUAUCCAAAAGGCCUCAAGUAAAGACUAAAUUUAAUCUGCUUGGAACAAACAAGUUAAAUGAUCUGAGGAACAUGCCCCCCGUUGCUCUAUGUUACAUUGACAAGUCAUGCCCAGAUAUGUAUUAUCCUAAGCCACUUAUAAAACAAUGGAAGGAAUGCACUCAAGGUAUAUGUGCUGAAAAUUCAGAUGUAAAUUCAGAUGAUGAAAGCGAUGGCAAUGCACACGUUGAAGAAUUUGAUCCUGCUGAAAUUUAUACAAUGGAAGACUUUAUGGCCGAGGAAGAAAUCAUUGAAAAGUUAGAACGGAAAAUCAGUGACAACAUCAAGGCAAGGACUGCUGUAGAUGGUUCUGGUCGUCGUCGUAGCCGCCGCCGCGGUGGGACGAGGACAGUCAUACCAGGAAACAGAGAGGCUGGUCAUGAAGAUAUUGUAGCAAAUUACUUCUCCGAUGAUCCCAUAUACACCGACGGGCAGUUCCGUCAAAGGUUUAGAAUGACAAAGUCACUGUUCCUUCAAAUUGUAUCUGCUCUCGGCGAUUGGUCACCUUAUUUCAAGCAAAGAGUGGAUGCAACAGGUAGAUAUGGUCUCUCACAACUAUAGAAAUGUACAGCGGCCAUAAGAAUGCUAGCAUAUGUUACUCCUGCUGACGCUCUUGAUGAGGUUAUCAAAAUCGGCACAAGCACAUCUUUGGAGUGUUUGGGUAAAUUUGCUGAAGGGGUGAUUGAAUGUUUUGGUCCAGAGUACUUGCAUCCUCCGACAGCUGAAGAGCUUGAAAAGAUAUUGGAAGAGAAUGAGUCUCGUGGUUUUCCAGAAAUGAUUGGAAGUAUCGAUUGUAUGCAUUGGGCGUGGAAGAAUUGCCCGACUGCUUGGAGAGGCAUGUUUACACGUGGUGACAAAGGUGUCCCUACUAUGAUCCUUGAAGCUGUAGCAUCGCGAAAUCUUCGUAUUUGGCAUUUCUUUUUUGGAACAGCGGGUUCUAACAAUGACAUCAAUAUGUUGAAUAGGUCACACUGUUCAUUGAUGUUCUUAAAGGGACAGCUCCACGAGUCCAUUUUACUGUUAAUGGUAAUCAAUAUGAUACUCGGUACUACCUUGCUGAUAGAAUUUAUCCAGAGUGGGCGGUCUUCGUGAAGACUAUACCAGGACCUCAAACACAUAAAGAUAAAUCAUAUGCAAAAUAACAAGAAUCAGCAAGGAAGGAUGUCCAGUAUGCAUUUGGCGUCCUGCAAUCACGUUUUCAUAUUGUUCAACGGCCAGCACGUUUAUGGAAACGGGAUGAUGUUGUCAACAUUAUGCAAGCUUGUGUAAUUCUUCACAAUAUGAUAGUAGAAGAUGAGAAGGAAUAUGAUAGUAGAUGAUGUUGUCAACAUUAUAUUGGAUUUGAAUGAGAAUCCAAAUACAUCAAUUGCGCUACCACCAGAAGUCGAUACUUCUACUGCACCUAAUCCCGUAUUUGCCGAUGUACUGAGAAGAAAUUCUACUAUUCGAGCUCUCUCAACACAUGUUAAACUCACGGAAGAUUUAGUGGAGCACAUAUGGCUGCGCAAAGGAAAUAAGGAAAAUUAGUUCUAAUGGUGCAAUUCAACUAUAUUCAAGUACUGUAAUGUAUUCUAUUUAUCGGGCACAAAUGAUUUAUUAUUUGCAUGUGACUUAUUUGCAUAUACAUAUACUAUCAUGUGAUUAGUUUGCAUAAACAAAUUAUUCUUUCAUGUAUGCCAUAAACCAAUACACAAAGAUACAUU